AUGGAUACCUUAACUCCUCAGCAAGUCAGUGACUUUAAUAGAGCCGUAAUGUGUCACAUAUGUCAUCAGAAAAUACCAGCAAAUGUAAAGAAAGUCCGUGAUCAUUGUCACCUUACUGGUAAAUAUAGGGGUGCUGCCCAUGAGUCAUGUAAUUUAAAUUAUCAAGAUUGUCAGACUAUUCCCGUAGUAUUUCACAAUUUAAGUGGCUAUGAUGCACAUUUCAUUAUACAUGCAAUUUCAACAAGUUUUGAAGGUCAUAUAAGUCUUCUUCCCAUCAAUAAGGAGAAAUAUAUCUCCUUUAUUAAACAUGUUAAAGGUAGUGAGGUUAAAUUUAGAUUUAUUGACUCAUUCCGAUUUAUGGCAGCAUCCCUUGAAAAACUCGCAUCCUAUUUAGAUGAAUAUAAAAUUGUACAUUCUGUUUUUGCCAAUACUGUGAGUAAUCCUGAUAAAAUUAAAUUAUUAACUAGAAAGGGUGUAUUCCCCUACGAGUAUUUUGAUUCAAAAACCAAGCUUGAUGAGACGCAACUACCUCCGAUAGAGAAAUUUUAUAGUACGCUUUACGAUGCGGGCAUUUCUGAUGAUGAAUAUAAGCAUGCACAGAACGUAUGGAUUGAGUUUGAUUGCAAAAAUCUCUAUGACUAUGUCCAUUUAUAUAUGAAAACUGAUGUACUAUUACUAGCAGAUGUUUUUGAAAAUUUUCGAGAACAAUGUGUUAAAGCGUAUGGGUUAGAUCCUGCACACUAUUAUACAACCCCUGGUUUAACUUGGGAUGCCAUGCUCAAGUAUACGAGUAUAGCAUUGCAACUUAUAACCGAUAUUGAUAUGGUUAUGUUUGUUGAGUCAGGUAUCAGAGGUGGCAUUAGUCAAUGUUGUAACCGUUAUGCCAAAGCGAAUAAUCCUUAUAUGGAUAAAUUUGACGAAAAUAAAGAUACCAGCUAUAUAAUGUACAUUGAUGCCAAUAAUUUGUAUGGCUGGGCAAUGGCACAAGCGCUUCCAUAUGGCGGUUUCAAAUGGGUUGAUCAUGUCAACGAUACUUUUGAUUUUAAUGUACCUGACGAUUCUUCUGUUGGGUACAUAUUGGAAGUGGAUUUAGAGUAUCCUGAAAGUAUUCAUGAUACUCAUAAAGAUAUGCCAUUUUGCGCAGAAAAAGCAAAGCCGCCUAUGUCGAAACAAGAGAAAUUGUUAACCACUUUGCUGCCGAAAAAAAAAUAUGUCAUACACUAUAGAACGCUAAAACAAGUUUUAUCAAAUGGUAUUAAACUUGUAAAAAUACAUCGUGUUUUACAGUUUAAGCAAUCAACUUGGCUUAAACCAUACAUUGAUUAUAACACGAUGAUGCGAACUAAUGCUAAAAACGAGUUUGAAAAGAAUUUGUUCAAACUCAUGAACAAUGCAGUGUAUGGCAUGUAG